AUGAAAUAAGCAAAUAAUACCAACUAGUUGUAAUAAUUAGACCCAAUAGAAGUAAUUGACAAUCUAGAAACUUUGAAAAAAGUUAUUAAAUAAAAAGAUGCUUAAAUUAAAAAUAUGGAAACAGAAUUUUAAGAAAGAUUGAAUGCAUUUUAAUUAGCUGUUGCAAGAGAUUAAGAUGGAUUAAAAUAAGAUAUAAUCUCAUUUUUAUUAAAAGACAAUGAAUAACAAAAAAAGAUUGAAUAACUUCAUAUAAAUUAUGAAUUGUAUACUUUAGUAUUAAUUAUCUUAGAUUGUAAAAUUAAUUAGAAGAAACCUUCUUAGAAAGUAACAAUAAAAUAAAAACAUUACUUGAUAUAAAUGACAAAAAAGAUCAUGAAAUAGAACAGCUUAAAUAGUAAAUAAGAGACACAGAAGAUAGAGUUAAUCAACUUAGAAAAAAUUCAAUUUCAAAAGAUAGAAAUAUGUAUGAAACAGAAGCAUUAAUUAAUAAAAAGAUUCUUGAUCUUUAAAAAAGAGAAGCUGAUUUGACAUUUAAAUUGAAACAAGCUUUAGAAAAAGUAAAUAUAAAUUCAAAUAUUAAAUAGAAUGAGCAAUUGUAAAAUUAUUUUGAAAAUUAUUAAAGUGAAAAGGAAGUUAAAUUAAUAAAAUAAGUAGAACAUUUAAAGAAGUAAAACACUUCCUAAUUAAACAACAUAUCAUCUAAUUAUGAAGAUUAAGUUAAAACUUCAAAAGAAGUUAUUGAACAAUUAUAAGAACAUAUUCUCAAUUAAAAAGAAAGAUUUUCCUAAAUUUAAGAUGAAAAUUAAAAAUUAAAAUGUGAAGUAGAAAUAGCAAAUGCUAAAAUAAAUUGUAAUACCUUUAUAAUUUAUUUAUAGAAUUAUUAAGUAUAAUUGAUAAACUUUAGGAUACAGAAUCAUUACAUGAUUAAACAAGAAAGGAAUUAUAAUAAGUAGAAGACAGUAAGAAUAUAUUAGAGAGAAAUUAUAAAUUGUAUAUAUUAUAUAUUUAUUUUUAGAGAAAUCUAAGCAUUAUAAAUCUAAUUAGAGGAGGCUACAAAAUAUAUUGAUUUAACUACUAAUCUUCAAUAGAAACUAAAUUAAAAGGAUUCAAAAAUAUCAUAUAUUUUAUAGGAAAACUAAUAAUUACAAGAAUUAGUUUAAGAUUUGAGAGUAUAAGUUUCAUCUAUUGAAUAACAUUUUCAAUAACAUGCUGAUGAAUAGAGAAAAGCAAAUAUAUUAUUAUCAAAUAAAGAAUUUGAACUUUAAACUAUAAUUGAAAGUUAAGCUCGAAAUUUUGUAGAAUAAGAAUAAAAAUUAAAAGUAAGUUAUGAAGAACUUUGGUUAGAUUACUAAAAUUUAUAAUAUAAUUAUGAAUUGUUAAAGUAAAAGAAUGGAGAAGAUUCAUUUAGAUUAAAAUUAUAUAAAACCAAUGAUAAAAAAGGCAAUAGAGCUUUUCAUGGAAGUCAAACAAGAUUGUCUGUUGCUGAUAAAGAUCAUUAAAAUAAUUAAGAAACUAUUAAAAUUAAUGAUGAUGCCUUUUUAAAGACAUUAGAAAGUUAUUAAAAAUAAGAUUUACCAAAAUAAACUAAUAAAAGAUUAGAUCGUAAUGUUUAUGUUAGAAGAGGUUGA